AUGAUGGCGACUAACUUGCCCACGACUUCCUCGUAUGGGCCCGGCGCCGAGUGGCCGAUGCUGGCGCUCACCCUGCAGGCGACAGACACCCUGGCGGUGUCUCUGUCGCUCCCGGCGUCGGCGCCGCACCCGUCGUUACCGGCGCUGACGCCGAUCCACUCCAACUACUACGACUACCAACAGCGGCCCAUGUAUUACGCGGGCCUGGCGCCCUACAUGCUGAUGGGAGUGUACGGGUUCGGCACCCAGGAGUUGCAGUUUGCCACGGUGGCGAAGCUGGCCGCCGUCGACGGCGGUCACGGCAUUCCUUCCGGCAUCGCAUCCGGCCUCGCUUCCGCCGGCAGCGGCGGCCACCCGGCGGCGUCCGCCGGCGCCAUCGCGGCGCUGGUGUCGAUACCGCUCGCGCCUCAUGGCCCUCAAGGGUACUCGGGGACGACGUCGUCGUGGUCGCCGAUGGAGCCGCCGCCCCAGCACCAGCAGCACCAGCGCCCCCAGCACAUCGACUACCUGAGCCUCGUCCUGUUCACGUUGCUGCCGCUGCUCAAGCGGAAGCGGCGGCGCAACGACGCGCGCGUGGCGGAAGCGGCGCCGGAAGUCGGUGCCGGCGAGAACCAGUUUCCCUGCCCCGUGUGCAACAAGGCGUUCCAGAAACCCUACAAUUUGAAGCUGCACAUGAAGACCCACUCCCCCGACAAGCCGUUCAAGUGUCUGAAGUGUCCCAAGACGUUUGCCCGCGGCCACGACAAGCGGCGCCACGAGCAGUUGCACGACGGGGUGAAGAACUUCACCUGCCAGGGCUACUUGAACGACGGCGUCACCAAGUGGGGGUGUGGCAAGAAGUUUGCCCGCCUGGACGCUUUGGCGCGCCAUUUCCGCACCGAGACCGGGUGGAUGUGCAUUUUGCCGUUGAUGGACGAGGCGAAGCGGUCGCAGAAUGGUGCCGUCGAUGACCACACCAUGAUCAAGCGGAUCAUUGCUGAGCGCUGA